CGAGAUCUUGGCGCUAUAAAUAUGGCCCUCGCGGUAUGAGAAGUCUUUUUUCUGCCUUGGGGGGGUUGAGGUUUUGUUUCAUCCGCCUCCAUCCGUCGCCAUCCGCGUUUGGCGCCGCCGCCAUGCCGCCUAAGCUCGACCCCAACGAGAUCAAAGUCGUGUACCUGCGCUGCACCGGCGGGGAGGUCGGCGCCACCUCUGCCUUGGCCCCCAAGAUUGGGCCGCUCGGGUUGUCCCCUAAGAAGGUUGGGGAUGACAUCGCCAAGGCCACAGGCGACUGGAAGGGUCUGCGGAUCACGGUGAAGCUCACCAUCCAGAACAGGCAAGCGCAGAUAGAGGUUGUUCCCUCUGCCUCUGCUCUGAUUAUCAAAGCUCUGAAGGAGCCGCCUCGUGACAGGAAGAAGCAGAAAAACAUAAAGCACAGCGGCAGCAUCAGCUUUGAUGAGGUUGUGAACAUUGCACGGCAGAUGCGGCACAGAUCCCUGGCCCGAGAGCUCUCAGGGACAAUCAAGGAGAUCCUUGGAACUGCACAGUCCGUGGGCUGCAGCAUUGACGGCCGGCACCCCCAUGACAUCAUUGAUGACAUCAAUAGUGGUGCAGUUGAGUGCCCAGCUAGCUAAAUCUGCAGAAAAGAAGUUGCCAUGCGAAGGCUCCUUAAGUAUUUUGUAGCACCUUAAAUACUUAAUAAAAGACCCGGUGUCUGCACACAGUGUUGCUGGCUUGAUGUGUCCUUGUAAGCAGUGGGGUUCGGCUGGAGACCACCUGCCCUCU